AUGUCCGAUAACAGUUCACCAGAUUACGAGUCUCUCUACCGUAGAGCGGAAGCGGAACGAAGGCAGGCAGAAGACCGAAAACUACAAAGUGAAAAGGAUCUGGAACACUACAAGCGAACCACUGUGAAAGAUCAUGUCCAUGAUAUCAUAGCCGAGCUAUGCAAAAUACCUGAUGCCCGAGAGAGAUUCCGGCUUGGAGAUGGGAUCCUGUUUGAAAAUCAUGAAAAUCUUCUACAGACAUCAGAGGAGUCAGAUGUACAGCUGCUUGAUGAAUCCAGCACAAAACAUCCCAAACCAGAUUCAUUCUGUAUUCAUCAAAUCAAUGAUUCCACCAAUACUUUGAUUACAACAGUCGAAUAUAAGCCGCCACACAAGCUCUCAGUUGAAAAUCUCCGAGCGGGUCUUCGAUCGAUGAAGCUCUGGGAAGAGAUUGUUCAGUCAGACACAAUCCCCAAGAGUGAUGAGCUGAACAAGGAUGAAAAGCUGAGAUAUAAUGCGGAACAGCUGACUUGCUCAGUUUUGGUUCAGGAGUAUCAUGUCAUGAUCCAAGCUGGACUGGAGUACUCCUACAUAACUAAUGGAUUUGCUAUCGUUCUUCUUCGUGUUCCAUACAACGACCCUAAUAUCCGUGACCAGAAGUGGCGGAAUGCUGCAAGAUCCCAGCUCCAUAUAUGGAAGACAAGUUUUGACUUUACACAGUCACAAAUCCCCAAUGAUGAGCUGCAACAAACUCCUCCAGGAUCGGAAUAUGCAAGCUCAGAUUAUAUACCCUCUGAACAUCUGCCAUCGUCUCCAUUACAGCCCGGCCAUCGAGUUUCUUCCCGAUCUCAAACCACCUGUGCACCAAUGGAUACCUCACCUUUGAGUGAUCAUAUGGAUUCUUCCGACUCCGAAUCUAACCAAGCAGCGCACGGCCGGAAGCGGGGCUUCAGCCAAGUGAUGUCCUCCCCGCCCAGCCAGCGUUCAUCGGCGCGCCCAGCAGGUCCUAGGCCAUCGAGCGGCCAGAGCCAACCCACGGCACGUUACUGUACGCAGCAGUGCUUAUUGGGUUUGCAACAAGAAGGUGAAUUGGACCAUCAAUGCCCUAAUGUUUCUCUCCACCGGCGAGGCCAGAAUGAUGAUCGACAUUGUAUCAAUGCAAGGAAGCUUGUGCAAAUACUGAAUGAACAGCUCGAUUGUGACCUUGAUCAUAACUGCACACCAUUUGGGACUUGUGGAUCGUAUGGUGCACCCUUCAAGAUCACUUGUGCUGCAUAUGGCUACACUCUUGUUGGAAAGGGGACAACAUCCGGACUAUGGAAAGUUGUCUCACGUGAAGCAGAAAUAUACCGGGUUCUUCAGAAAGCACAGGGUUCUGCUGUCCCUGUAUUUCUGGGGACGAUUGAUUUGAAAUUAUUCCUUUUCCUCCAUGGUGCUGGGGACAUCCGCCAUAUGCUUCUCAUGGGUUGGGCAGGGGAAAGUAUAGAGAACGUCAAAGACAAGGAAGAGCUAAGUCGUGAGAUUUCCAGGUCGAAGAAGGAAAUCCGCAUGCUGGGAGUGGUUCAUAAAGACCUGCGGUCUGCCAACAUGUUAUGGAAUGACGAGCUGCGCCAGGUCCUGAUCAUAGACUUUCACCGGUCCGACAUAGACAGGCGCCCGAUGAAAAAGCAGGUUGGACCCUUGAAAAGACGACUUCAUCAGGUGGGCAUGCCGAAACGACCCUGUAAUAAUAAUGGCUUGACUGGGUGUACCUCUACAACAAGAGGGUCAGACGUCUAG